AUGGUAACCAGGGGACUUUGGAACUUACAUGUCGAUGGUAUGGAUUUCCCGUCACUGACUAACACUGCUAACACCGUUGUAGGGAAAUGGUAUCGUUGGUUCCACCCUCCCCGUGGACAAUCCUCAUCCCCAGACUCACCAACAACUCUGAAAACUCUUAACCAAAUUCUUUCAAAAACCGACAAAUUCAAAUGGGAAAGUGUCCCAUUUCCGACACCACUUCAUUUUCAACUCGACUAUGUUUAUACCAUUGAUGAAGAUGCUGGUCAUUUCACGGUCACUCAGUGGAAAACGGUGAACCAAGUUCUACACCGGAUCACCCGAAAGGCGACAUUGGCCAGUAUCCGAGAGACAUCGCACAGUACAGUAGACACACUCCUCAAUGAUGUAGGGGGGCUCUCUAAGCACAAUGAUCCCUCGCUAAGUGACAUACGUGAUAAAACCAAUGUUCAACAUCUAUUGAAGUCAUUCGGAAUCAAACCCAGCAUUCCCACACGGUUAAAUGAGCUACAAUUCCAACUGUUUACGGACUUUGUUUUCACAUGGCGGUUUUAUUUCGAUGACACUUCUACCUGGGAGCACUCGUCCUCUCUUUUCUCUGCCCUUGCUAUCGGGAUCUUACGUAUCGCAGCAUGGGACCUUGAGGUCAGGAAUAUGGAUACUGAGGAACUACCGAUCACAUUUUCAUCCCUUCCGCGAUGGAAGGCGCCCAUCAACGAGAUAUUCUGGUUCCAUAAAUAUCUUAUCGUGUGCUGCCACACCGAUCAAAUUGGCACUUUUGUGGCCACAAAAGCACAAGUUUUUGCCCGCAGUACUAACCACAAAGGGCCUGUUCAUGGAAUAGCCAUUUCCAUACGGCAUGUCGUGCUUUUUGAGAUUUUCAAUGGCAACGUACUCUAUUCAACCCCUAUUCCACUUGUUACCAAUACUUCAGCACUGUGUUGCUCCCCAGGGUUCAGGAUAAUGGCAUAUAUCUUCACUUCGAAUCGCUGGAAGGGGGUUGCAGUGAACCCCAGAGAGUAUUGGGGUGUCACAAUACCAACGGAGCUUUUCGAGAAUAUCCUUGCAACAACCAUGCCAAGAGAUUUGGUCUCCAUGGCUCAGGCAUCUGAUUUGGUUGAAAAAUGGUAUUACUCUUCCAUUCCCCAAAUUCACGAUCUCAAGCUACAAAGUUUCGCCCUCUCCAUACCGUGUUGUGGCAAGCGAAAUACAUCAGAUGCCACUGGGGUUUACUGUUCAGUCUGCUAUGCUUGGUCACAUCUGGAAUGUACCGAUCUGUCUAGUGUGCCUUUUGCCACCGAUAAGCUUAAAUGUUCUGAUUGUCAAGAGAGCAGACCUUGUACUUCUCUUGACACAGGCGGUAUUCACCAAUUCUAUCGUGCAAAGCGAGGGCGGAAAGCUUGCAAUGUGAUUCAUGGCGGCAAAACUACGAAUCUUCGGUUGCGAGUAUCCAAGCCAUCCUCUCGCCGGCCCGAAUUAUGGCUCAUCCGAACCCACGGCCCACCUCCUCCACAGAGCGUCGAUUAUACGAUAUUCUUCAGUGAGACAUUUUCUGGUCUCGUGUACGGAUUUGAUGAGUAG